GUGGCUCAUACAGAGAAUAAGGGGGAGAGAUGUUGAUCGCUCUAAAUAUCUGCCUAUAUCUGUCUUUUACAUUUAUCCCUGCUGCUUUCAACUCGGACUCCUGUCAAAGCCAGGGACUCUUCAAGUUGAACGGGAUGUACAAGGAUGGAGACUUUAUCAUUGGCGGCUUGUUUGAGGUUCAGCACCUCAAAGUCUUCCCAGAACUGAGUUUCAGAAUGAAGCCAGAACAGCCCAAGUGUGAGGAAUUUUAUAUGUCAAGUUUCCAGCAGGCACAGACCAUGGUUUUCGCUAUAGAUGAGAUCAACAAGAAUCCAAAACUGCUGCCUAACAUCACUCUUGGUUACCAUCUUUAUGACAACUGUUUGAAGCUUGUAGUAGCAUUCAGGGCUGCUACAACUCUUAUAAGUGGGACAGAGGAGACAUUUUCAAACCUUAAUUGCACUGGCCCACCACCAGUAAUUGCUAUUGUUGGGGAUCCUGGGUCAACUCAUUCUAUUGCAGUUUCUAGUGUACUGGGUCUGUUUCGUGUUCCUAUGAUUAGCUACUACGCCACCUGCUCCUGUUUGAGUGACAGGAAAAAGUACCCUUCUUUCUUCAGAACUAUUCCCAGUGAUGCCUUCCAGGUGCGGGCUAUGGUUCAGAUCUUAAAAUAUUUUGGAUGGACCUGGGUUGGUGUUCUCUAUAGUGACGAUGACUAUGGUAUCUAUGCUGCCCAGUCCUUCCACCAGGAAAUGCAGCGGUUUGGAGGUUGUGUGGCCUUUUCUGAAAUAAUGCCCUAUGAUAAUCACAGGGACAUUCAGCGCAUAGUGGCAGUGAUAAAGGGCUCUACAGCCAGAGUAGUAGUGGCAUUCUCAACUGAUCUGUUACCCCUGAUGGAUGAGUUGUUACUGCAAAAUGUGACAGGCAGGCAGUGGAUUGCAAGUGAGGCUUGGAGCACCUCACCUGUGCUCCACCUUCCACAUUUUGUACCCCUCGUUGGAGGCACGUUGGGUAUCGCCAUCCGUCGAGGAGAGAUCAAGGGACUUCAUGAAUUUCUGUUACACCUUCAUCCUGACAGUGAUCCAAGAAAUAAUAUGGUGAGAAUCUUCUGGGAGAACAUGUUUGGGUGCAAAUUUGAGAAUGGAAGCAAAGAUGGAGAAAAAAUGUGUACAGUCCAAGAAGAUUUGAACAGCACAGUUAAUGAAUAUAAUGAUGUAUCAGAGCUGAGGGCCUCUUAUAAUGUGUAUAAGGCAGUUUAUGCCCUGGCACAUGCACUUCAUGACCUGAUGCAGUGUGAAGAGGGGAGAGGACCAUUUAGUGAGAACAGCUGUGCCGACAUAACCAACCUACAGCCGUGGCAGAUGGUUCACUACCUACAGAAAGUGAACUUCACCACUGGCUUUGGGGAUCAUGUGUCAUUUGAUGAGAAUGGAGAUGCUUUGGCCAUCUAUGAUGUGAUGAACUGGCACCCAAGUUCUGAUGGGUCGAUCGUUGUUCGCACAGUUGGUGUGGUAGAUGAAGGGGCAGCAACAGGGAAGGUGCUCACACUGGAGGAGGAUGCAAUAUACUGGAACUUUGAGACAAAAAAACCUCCACGUUCUGUGUGCAGUGAGAGCUGCCCCCCAGGAACCAGACGAGCAACAAGGAAGGGCCUUCCUGUCUGCUGUUUUGACUGCCUGCCAUGUGCAGAUGGAGAGAUUUCCAAUACAUCAGAUUCUACUGAAUGCACAGUGUGUCCAAAAGAAUUCUGGUCCAAUCCAGAAAAGAAUCGCUGUAUCCCCAAAGCAGUAGAGUUUCUGUCCUAUGAGGAUCCUCUCGGCAUCUCUCUGACCACUGCUUCCCUGCUUGGCACCUGCUUCUGUGCUCUUGUGAUGGGUAUCUUUGCUCAUCAUCGUAAUACUCCUGUAGUACGUGCCAACAAUUCAGAGCUCAGCUUUCUGCUGCUGUUGGCACUCAAACUGUGUUUCCUGUGUGUGCUGCUGUUCAUUGGUCAGCCACAAUUGUGGACGUGUCAAUUAAGACAUGCCAUGUUUGGUAUUAGUUUUGUCCUGUGCAUCUCCAGCAUCCUGGUUAAGACGAUGGUGGUAAUAGCUGUAUUCAAGUCAUCUCGACCUGAGGGUAAAAGUGCCAUGAAAUGGUUUGGAGCAACUCAACAAAGAAGCACAGUAGUGGUCCUCACUGCAGUCCAAGUCGUGAUAUGUGCAGUGUGGCUCUCAACUGCCUCUCCAACACCCCAUAAAAACAUCCUGUAUAUCAGGUCUAAAAUAGUAUAUGAAUGUGCUUUUGGCUCAGUGACUGGGUUUGCCAUUCUCCUGAGUUAUAUUGGACUCCUGGCAGCAGUAAGCUUUCUGUUAGCUUUUCUAGCAAGGAAUCUCCCAGAUAACUUUAAUGAAGCUAAAUUCAUCACCUUUAGUAUGUUGAUCUUCUGUGCUGUGUGGAUUGCAUUUGUUCCAGCAUAUGUGAGCUCACCAGGGAAAUAUGCAGUGGCUGUGGAGAUAUUUGCCAUUUUAGCUUCUAGUUUUGGAUUACUUGUGGCCAUAUUUGCCCCAAAGUGCUACAUCAUUAUAUUACAUCCAGAGAGAAACACUAAAAAAGCCAUCAUGGGAAGAACUGGUGAAAAUAAAUAAUUACACAUGCUGACUGUAACAUUUUCUUACAUUGGUAUUUCUGGCUUUGAAUAUCCAGCUUGUAGGAGCUUUAAUAGUUGGUAAUAGACAUGUAUCAACAUAUACUUUUAAACACUGUCUAUUUCUCACUCUAUUGCUUUGUAUGUUUUCUAAUGUAGGCUAUAUAAAAUUACAAUAAUAUUGAUUACCAUACCAAUGCUUCCUAUCAAUAUUAAACGAAAAAAAAAAAAAAAAAAAAUGAAAUGGGACUUGUGAAGAGAUGAUCCAUGAAAAACAGGUAUAAAAAAAUAAACGGGUAUAAAGAAAAUAUGCAGAUUUAAAGCAACCAUUGCUCAACCAUUGCUGUAUGCAACAUGACUGUUAAGCAUUAGGAACUGUUGUGAAUUAGCUCAAAGGGGAAAUAUUAAUCAUUAUUCAUAACUCAUUAUGAUUAUUCAUUAUGAUUAAUCUUGAAUAUUUUAAACAGUUAAUCAGAUUAACUUGAUGCAGUGGCGAGCGAUGACGUUUUUAAUAGGGUAUGAUGCUGAGUGGUGGGUCAUGUAAAAAGUCUGGCCGAUGUAGUUACGUUGAAUGGGUUUAUUAACAGUGUUCUCUAGACACUGUUAGUUUACUCAGUUGCUUAGUCAUGACACAUAGUAACACAGCGAAAAGUAUUUCUAAUAUGUUGGACCUUUUAUUGAGAGUAGCCUACAUUUACCUGUUGAGACGUGCCUUCAUAAGCACCUGUAAGAGCUUUUGUGAUGUUUGAGUCGAUGGAGGCGCGACAUGCGAAAGGUGCGUUUGCAAAAUAUGCUGUAUUUUUGUAAGCCCACUAUGUGCUGCUAGUGU